GUUCAUUCGCGCCGGAUCAUCAAUUCAACAAAACGAUGGUUUCACUGCGAGCCAAGUAAAAUAGCUGAUGAUUUACGUGAGGAAUCUCAAUCAUGUGGCGCAUACUUCGUGUUUGCAGUUCUGCGAAAACUAGACUGUUCAAGUCUUUAGAUUCACGACAUCUUGUCACAGCACACGAUAUAGAGACUUUCCAAACACAAGGGGUCGUAUGUCUCAGGGGUGCGUUCAGAGAAUGGGUCGAAAAGCUGAAGAAAGGUAUUGCCACAAACCAUGCAAACCCCAGCAACGACCGCGGAGAAUGGAUCAAAAGCGAAGAUUCGCAGACCUUCUACUUCAAUGAUUAUUUUAACUGGCGUCGGAUCCCAGAGUUUGAGGAGUUUGUGCGUUUAUCGCCAGCUGCAGAAAUCGCCGGCAAACUGAUGAAGUCUGAGGUUUGUUUUGUCGCAAAAAGGUUCGCCUGAGGCCUUGCUGCUCAAUCACAUUUACGAAAAGUUUUGGUACUCCAAAAAAAAGGGCGGUUGGGUUAAUAAACUUUGCCCAAUUCCAAUCGAAGACAUGCAUUUCCAUUUGACCUCUAAUAUAACUGAUUUUAUGGUAUGCUGCCAAGCUACCUGGCCACUGUUUCUUCUACCUGGGAUACUGUUUGCACACGGGGCAUUCCAUAUUUUAUCCCCCACCCCCCUAUACUAAGGAAGGUAGGUUUUAAAAUAGGGGGCUGGGCUGCACACAGGCUUCCCAGAGGUAGGUUGUGUGUGUCUCCCUCCCUGUCACCUAGUCUCCUCCAAUCUUUCAGUAAGCAUGUAUUAAAACUUCAAUUCAGAUUAUGACAUACCAUUUUAAGGUUUUGCAUGUUCAUUGCAGUUUAUAAUGUAUUACAUUUUCUUCAAUACACCAUUUUACAGCUGUGGACUUAGUACCCUAGCCUUCGAGUGAAUGUGAGGCUGACAGUGACCUUGUUUUGAUACAAACCUCCUUUCCUUUGUAAUGAAAAUUGUCCUUGAAAAAUACUAGUUAGCAUAAGAAUGACUUGAUUUACAUAAUAAAACAGGAAGGUUUGUAUCAAAACAAGGUCACCAUCCACCCUGCACUUCAAUCCAUAACUGUAAAAUGGCCCAUUCUUCCAGUUGCCAUACCACCACCUCUCAGAGUAGUCGCUGUGACAAUGCCAUCACUUGCAGAAAGAGUAGCUCAAUUUAAAUGAUUUAAUAGAGUGUUUUCACAUGACGUCACGUCAGCCAUAUUGGUGUCUCAAAACAAUAAAACGGCAGCCAUGUUGGUGUCCCAAACCAAUCCUGUGGGAGAUGAACUCUUUUCUUAUGCAAACGAUUUCUUUUGUUCCAAUAAAUUUGCAUAGAUGCUGGCCACGUGACUGAAAACACUCUAUACACAAUUAAAUACUGUAGAAUGGAAAUCCAGAGUUACCAAUGUUGCAGUUUUUAAUAGCAAAUAACAUGUUUGGUUCUCAGUGGAUAACUUGCAUCUCAUCCCUCAAACUACAAACAAAAAACAACUAGAAGCCCCUUUACAGUGUAUUUUUAGCAUUAAAUAAAGAAAAGCUGUUUGCAGUUAAACUAAAUGUAUUGGUUGAAGUUUGCUGGCAAAUGUCAUACACUGUACAUGUAUGGGCGCUAGCCUGUAUAGCAAGAGUUUCUGUUUGGUUUCGCAGCAAAGAGAGACAAAGGAACGGGAUUUUCAGUUUUGGCUGCGCAAAUAAUGGAACAAGAGCUAAAAAAUGAAAACGGGGCAUGGAAAGGGAAAGGAAGAAAGUUUCCUUCCUUCCUUUCUUCCCCACCCUGCUCGUUUACUUACUUGCCCCAUUUUUCACAUGGUCUUUGACCUUUGUUCCUCGUUCUUUUCUCAGAAAGUGCACAGAAACACUUGCCAUACAGGCUAUACAGGCUCAAACACAAAAAAUAUCCACCAGUUUUAAGCUAUCAAAUGUGGAGAGUUUGCAGUUAAGUUUGAGGGUGAAUCAGCAUUAAAUGCAGUCUAACUGAUUCUACAGGUAUAUUUACAUUUCCUGUUCUAAAUCUUUUUUUUAAUUUGAAGUUUGCAGUGUUUUUUCAUGAACAUGUGUUUAUUAAAGAUCCUGGUACAACACGUGGGACACCAUGGCACCAAGAUCAACCAUACUAUCCUGUGAAUGGAAGGAAGGUAUUAUUAGAAAGUAUAAUUCUGUUCUUCCCCCUCCCCGCCCCCCCCUGCCUGUCAACAACCCCACCAAGUCAAUGGAAACUCUUAGGGGUAGGGAGUCAUGUCUUGAAAAUAAUUUAAAAUAAUUAUCAAAGUCUGCUUGCCUGGGACAGUUGCAAUCCUGUCUUAAUAGCAUAAAAUGAGAGGUUAGUUCAUAUGAUCUAAACUUUUAUUCAAUUCUUUCUCUGCUGUUUUUAUCAGUUUUGGACAAAACAGAGAAAAAGAAAGAACUAGCCAUAAUGCUACUUCAUGUAUCAUUCACACAUGAUGACUGAAGUUCUGAAUAAGUGCUGCAUGGACAAAUGAAAGAUUUAAUAAGUGGUGGAUAAGGUGCAUGGUAUAGGUUAGAGAGAUUCUUGCCUAGGUGCCACCCAUCAGAUCACACAAGACUAGUUGUUAUGCUAAGUGUGAAAUGUACUUGUUGCAAGCAACCAGAAGAACCCUUAUCAUUGGGACAGUUGCAUAAGACUAAAUGUUAGUCAUAAGUACUUAUAUACAUAAAGCAUUUUUAAAAAAUGAAGAGUUUGAUUGGGCAGAUGUCAGAUUUUGGUAACCGUUGUUAUGUCCGACGUUAAGAUUUAUGUGUUACUGGCUCCUGAAAGACACCUAUCUGGCCUACAGUACACUGCAUUAUUUGGACUUAGUAUGGAUCAUAAUUGAGGUAAAAAAUCCAGAAAAUCCUGGAUCCUGAAAAUUUAAAUAAAAUGCCCAUCAUAUAUCAAAUAUAUCCACAGAACUGUUCAUUAUGGCUACCAGUGACUCCUGUAUCUAAAGACUCCUGUUUGAAAUAUGUUGGUGGAUCUCAUAAAUGGGGAAAGUGGUUCAUUCCCAGGAAAUUUGCUUCCUCAAAAAAUUACAACCUAAUUGAUGACUCCAACACUAACAGCAAACAAGAAGCAUUUGAAGCUAUCCCUGACAUAGAUGGAGAACCAGACAAGUAUGAACUGUUCUCGUGGGAUCUGGAGGUACAAUAGGUUACUGACCAGUGAAUUUUUAACUGAUUGACUUUCGGAGAACAAGAAAAAAAUAUUAGUCCUUAAAUUAAGCAGCUGCUUAGCCUGACUCAUACCCAGCUUAGCAUUGACCAGAUUUAGAGGAUGUUUUCCGAUAUCAGCAAGACACUAAUAUUGUACUUACAAUCAAAAGAUAAGGGGCAGUAGAAGGAACAGUAGCUCAGUGGGAUAAAACAGCCAAAGAUUUCAUGUGUUUUGCAAAGAAAUGGCUGAACUACUGUCUGGAAAACACAGCAGAAUAGAGCAAAUUCCUGUUCCAGAAUUAUAAGAUUGACCAAAUGCACCCUAAAUUUCAUCCCUGCUAUGAGUCAGGGUUAAUACCUUGAAUUGGCCGGCAUAAUAUUUCAGAUUUGCCAAAGAAUUGAAGCUCACAUGGAGUGAGUCCUGAGUCCCUCUUCUCUAAACCAACACCAUCAGUCAGGGUCUUAAGCAAGGUCAUGGCAGGUUGCACAAGUUACACCAGGGGCAGGGAGGGAGGAGGGAGAAGGGAGGCUCUGCCUAGAGGUCCAACCCCUUCCCUUUUACAUACCAUUUCAGAGCAGGAAGGUAUCCCUCUCAUAUACCUUUUAUUGCCAAUGGUACCCCUUUCACAUCCUUUGUUUAGAACGCUGCGUUUCUUUUAACUGCUGUAAAUGCACCGUUUUUCAAUUAUGAAUAAAUUACUAAACCAGAAUCUUUUGUUGACUUUUUCACUACCAUUAAAGUGCCUGUUAGCCCUUUAAGGUCCUUUUACAAACUCCGAUGACAGAUUUCUCAACCCUUUCAUAUAGUUUAGCUAGUGAAACCCCUACCCUUUCAUAUACCUGAAGUAUGACAAAGGUGCCCCUUCUGUGCGGAGCCUUCUCGUAUAGGCCAUUACAGGGGGUACGCCCCGGAAUAAACCCCUGGUAUGAGCUGGCUUUACAGGUCAGCUUGAAGCUUUGAAUGAAGAAGGCAGUAACCAAAUUAUGAGGGGACGUCUUUAACUCUCAAGUGAGACAACGUCAACUUGCAGGCUGGCUUGUGUGUUAUCUUAAAUUUUAUUUUCUUUAUUCUUAGCCCGGUGAUUGCAUAGCUUUUCAUAUGCUCACUGUUCAUGGUGCCAAACAAACUAGUGACAUUUCUGGACGACAAGUGAUUGCCACUCGCUGGCUAGGAGAAGAUGCAACAUUCGCCAAUAGGCCUUGGGAGACCGCGCCCAGCUUUCCUUUAGGGUUAAAACCUGGAGAUGCUUACUACACGAGUGACAGUUUUCCAGUUAUGUGGAGAUCAGGACAGGACAGUGAAUGCACAGAUGAUAAAACAUGGUAA